CGAAUUUGAACCCGGAGGGCGGUGACUCCGCCAGGAUAUGGCCGCUGCGGCCCGGCAACUGCUGGCCGCGCUGCGCGAGGAAGAGCCGCGGGCUGUGGAGGAGCUGCUGCGCCUCGGGGCCGACCCCAGCCUGGUGCUGGAGGAUGGCGCGGCGGCGGUGCACCUGGCGGCCCGAGCGCGCCACCCGCGCGCCCUGCAUUGUCUCGGCCUCCUGCUGCGCCGGGGCGCGGACCCCAAUGCUCGGUCGGCUGAGGCGCUGACGCCCGUGCACGUGGCCGCCGCGUGGGGCUGUCACGGCGCCCUGGAGCUGCUGCUGAGCCGAGGGGGCGACCCCACGCUGAGAGACCAGGACGGCCUCCGGCCUCUGGACUGGGCUCUGCAGCAGGGACAUCACAACUGCGCACGCGUGCUGCGGGACCUGGACACGCCCACCCGAACCCGGGAGGAGACCCCGAAGCCUGCCAAGAAGUUUCCUGUAGCCCCGGCUGGCCUUGAAUCCGCCCUGUGCCCAGGACGUGUCUUUGCGGGGUCUCCUGGCAUCUCUACACUUCCAGAUGUGUCACUGGACUCGGGGCAGCACAGGCGCAGAGCUCAGCCGGCGGCUGCUGGGAAGGUGGUGGUGGAGCCCCGGAGCCCCGAGGCUACCGGGAGCCCAGACUGCAGCAGCGACUCCUCCUUUGUCACCGCAUUGGAGGACUCUCUGCAGCCCUGGCACCCUGCGGGGACACCGGGGCCUGCGGGCAGCCCAUGGCUGUCCUGUGGGGCCGAGGUGGCUGGGGACGGGGCACUAAGCUGCCAGCUGCAGGCCCUGAAGUUGACCACAGAGGCCACCAAUGUCCCCUCCCUGCCUGGGGAUGGGGACCCGGGGUCCUCGCACACACAAGGCCAGGUGCCUCCCAUGUCUGACGUGCAGCUGCUCCAGGCCCUGAGGGCGCUGGGUUACAGUCCUGGCCCGGUCACUCCUUUUACCCGAAGACACUACCUGCGGCGGCUGCAGGAAGCCCAGGCUAGCCCGGGGCACAGUCCAGAACUGGCCGAGGCGCUGAGGACAGGCCACAUCCCUGACUGCCAGGCGGAUGAGGCCGCCCUGGCUCGGCACUUUCAGCAUCCGGAUCCCACAAAGAAGUGGCGGGAAGGCGCUACAAAGUCCAGCUUUACAUAUCUUCUUCUCGACCCCAGGCAGACGCAGGGCCUGCCCGCCCGAGCCUCCUCCCUCACUCUGACCGAGUGUCUGCAAUGUUUUGUGCAAGCCAUCUUCUAUGUGGGCAAGGGGACCCGUGCCCGGCCAGAUGCCCACCUCUGGGAAGCCCUUGGCUACCGUGAGCGGCCAGGGAAAAAGGCCUGUCCCAAGGUCCGCCGGAUCUUGGAUAUCUGGGACAGCGGCCGCGGAGUCAUCUCCCUACACUGCUUCCAGCACGUGGUGGCCGUGGAGGCGUACACGCGGGAGGCCUGUCUGUUGGAUGCCCUAGGGAUCCAGACACUGACCAACCAGAGGCAGGGGCACUACUAUGGAGAGGUGGCCUCUUGGCCACCCACGCAGCGGCGGCGUUUGGGCGUGCACCUGCUACAUCGCGCUCUGCUGGUGUUCCUGGCUGAGGGGGAGCGAGAGCUGAGGCCCCAGGACAUCCAGGCCCGAGACUAAGUGCUGAGGACGUGACCAUGAAGCCUGAGCCUCUGGGGUGUCUGAGCAUCCCAGGGGCAGGUCCCUACCUGUGUCCCCAGCUCUGGCUUCAAAGGCAUUUUGUGUGUGUGUGUGUGUGUGUGUGUGUGUGUGUGUGUGUGCUUGCAUGUGAAAGUGUGUAUAUGUGUGCUUAAAUAUGUGGGUGAUGGUAUGUCUUGGUGCUUCUG